CCAUCCCACCGGCCACGUCGGUCCUCUGUCUGGCUUCUGAAAUAAAUAAAUUGCCGCGGAUCCCAAGGUGGAAUUGACUGUAGUGAUCCGGCAGCUCUCCUCCCGACUUCUACGGUCUCGUCAAGAAUUCCUGCACCAUGAAGGCAUCAACCGUUCUCUCGUUCCUCCUUCCUGCGGCAGCAGUGCUUGCAGCUGAGAUCCCCGAAGCUCCUACGGCGGUGGAAGCCAACCCCGCUCCCCCGUCCAUGAUCACGCCAGCACCGGUUGUGGAAGAAGGCCCUGAGGGAGCCAGUGCACUGGAAGCCCGAGAGAUUGUCGCUGGCGCCGCUGCGGCUCAACCGACAGACAUCACGCAGGCUGGUUCGGUGACCACAUAUUGGCCCCAGACGGUUCUACCAAACGGCAAGGUGACGUAUCUACCGGUCACAUAUACACAGACGUUCGCCGAGGUCCCUGAUCAGUGGCCUGCACCGUCGAGCGGCAGCAUCGGGAUGGGAACAUUGACGGGGACAAUUGGAGCGACGAAGACCAUGAAGGCCAGAUCCGUCAGUGAAGGCACGUUGGGCCAGACACCGUGGAUUGGGAUGGCCGUCGGCUUGACAUGUACGGCACUGGCGGCAAUCAUGCUUGGAUAAAACAUUGCUAUACUCCCUUACGCCAUUCAUACGAUAUCGGCACCGCUGCGAUGGUUCCAUCCCGGACUGAGAGGAGCCUAUU